AUGCAGCCGAUGCUGUCCGCCAGCCGAAAGCGUCUCCGGUCGGAUUCAAUCGCAGACCACCCGGCUAAGAUCCCCCGAUCGUCCUGGAAAAGCUCCUAUCAGCUGCCCGAAUCGUCCCCUGGCUUCAACCGUCACCCCUUGAAUCGUCAUCUCCCCUUUGUUAGUGAGACGGCUACAAUUCCCGAGUUGUCCUCUCCGGCAUACCACCAUCAGUCGGAUGAUGACAAUGAUCCGGACCUCCCAAUCCAUAGCUUCCAAAAUGUGAGCUCUAUGGUGAGCUCCUCACCCCCUCGGACUCCGCCGCCAAAGCAUGCUCGAUUAUCUCGAAAUGAUCGGACCGCACGGCAUGAGGAUGGUGCGGAUCUGUUGCUGUAUCUGGCCAACUCCCCUACUCCAGCUAGUGUCGCCGCGAAGACUCAUGGUCGGGAGUUUCCCCCAUCCACCCCGCCAAGUCAGCAUGCUGUUCUGCCUUCAUUGACUCCAACACCUGGUGGUGGUGGUGUCUUCCCAAAUUUCAGUACUCCAAACCAGCAAUUCAAUUUCGCUGAUUUUGUCAAUGUGACACCUAGCCCAGCGCAACCUGCCUGGGGUGGUCGCACGCCGGGAGGUCCUGGCAAGACCCCGCUAACAGCCAGGGACAGAAGAAGGUCUCACUUGGAGAACUUGCUGCCUCCUGGUGUAGAUAGUCCCAAGACGAGAGCCAAGCAAGCAGGUGUUGUCCUGCAGCUUGGUGGAGAGCUACGACCAUGA